UGUAGUUUGAUCUUUUGUCUUUCUCUCUCUCCCUUUUCAUCAAGAAUCAUUAUUCAUCAAAAACUCUUCUUCUUUUCUGCUCUGACGGUUUUAUGUCAGGCUAUUUUUAGUUACUAUCCUUGCCUUCUCUUCCUCUCAUUCCAUCUACCGAACUCGCACGGGGCAUAUUCCGCUUCAAGAUUUAAUCCGCCCGCGCUUACUUAACCCAACCCAUCCCAACGUAACCAGAACUAACUUCGAAACCCACUCAAACUUCGAGACUCAGUCAUUAAAGUGGGCUCAUUCUCGAACUUACAUACAAAAGCCUCCAGCAGCAAAUUGCCAUCUAAUCACGUCAUGGCAAAUACAGCUACAGCAGACGAGAGACCUUCUUUUACCGAGUUUCUCAAAAAGACGAAGCAGAAGGUCGCUGGAACGCCAUGUGAGGGCCCUGACUGCGCCACGCCCCAGCGGAGGGGGAGGAAGAGUAGAGGCAGCGUUGGGGUGAGCAGUGAGUCACCCGAAAACAGUAGUGAGACUUCACCCCAGAAAUCUCGCAAGUCUCUUACUGCGACUGAGAAAGCAAAGUUGCGCCGGACCCAGGUUCGACGGGCUCAGAUCCAGCAUCGCCAACGCAAAGCAGAAUAUCAGAAACAACUCGAGCUCGACAUUACUCACUUCCGUGAACUUAUUGCCUUGACGGAAUUUGAGUCUGAACAACUCAAAAAGGACAAUGACUCUAUCAAAGAACUAUUAACGAAUAAAGGCAUCACUAUCCCAAGAUGCAAGUCUGGUACCUGCUCUAUACGUCCCCGUCUCACGAAAGACGUGGUUACUGGCGACAAUGACGCUUGGGUCGAUGACACGCUGGGCGUGAAGUUGAGGGCCGAGGAUCCUAGUUUUCAAGAAUACGAUCAAGAUGGCGGAGAGAUAUUUGCCGAUAUCAACGUCGACGACAUUAUUGUUACUCUCAAGAAGGAUGAAUCGAUGGAGACGCCAGCUUUCAGUAUCCGAUCAAACGAAUCGAGCAGCAACGCUACGAGUUCGCCACCGCCUCUACCGGACCUCAACCUGACCCCUGAUGAGGAGCAAAAGGCUGUUAACUUUAUCCUCUCACUUGAGCAUAUCUGUUGGGAUCACUUCUUCGUUGGUGAUUUUCCAUCUCACUCUCACCUCUCCAACGACGAACCCAAAGGCCACUGCCUCAUGGCAUCUUCACUCUGCAUGGCCAAUGCACCUUUGGAUGUAUUUGGUGACCGCAAGUUAGUCUCUUCAGCAUCGUCUUGCCACAAUCGUCGUUCUCUCGGCUUGGAUCCUUACGUACCUCCCGUGCAUCUGGAGUGGCCAUCGCCCCGAAUAUCGUUAUCUUCCCUUUAUGGCCUAGCACAGAGUCUCAACCCCGGCGACUUGGAGAUCACGCCUGUGCAAGCCUGGUUCGAGCUAGCGUCACGCUUCGACAAGAGUCUUCUGCUAGAAAGACUAGACUUACUAGGCACGGAACUUGUUGGCGUGUCUAAGUGUCUGGAGUUCGGGGCUGUUAUGGAGAAAGAUGCUUUCGAGAGUGUUGUUGCGAGGGUGUACGGGGGUACUCUUGAAGAAGCUAUGGCUGCCGCUGCGAUUAUUGAUCCACACAUGGGUAGUGUUUGCGAUAUUUCUCGCAUGAGGAAUUUUCAAGCUAACCUUCUCACGAACCAACUGGGCUUCGUGGGAUAUGCUCAGAGCUAAGGUGUUCCGUAGCCAGAGGCUGAAGUCUUUGUGUUGGGUUCGGGGUUUUCAUUUUCUUGUUUUCUCAUCUUUUCAAACGGCUGAACCGAGAUGAAGCCGAGCACUUCAAGGCGCAUUAUUGAGAUAUCUCGUUGUAGGUCUAGAGUAUCUCGGGGUUAGUUUUACGAGAUAUCACUUUGUACAGUGGCCGUCAAGGCUUCACAGGUUUUGAACCUACAUGCAUAUGCUUAGGACAAUUUAACUCUCUUUUUGGAUCUUGCUUUUUUCAACAGAUAGGUCGCUAGAGAAUAUCCACUCUAUGAAAUCCAUCUCUCCGUUGUUAUACAUGAGUUGUCAUCUCUAUAAUGCCCUAACUAUACUCCUCUCAUCAAAAAUAUCCUUCAACAAGCUCGAGAUGCAGGCAUCUCGAUCAACUCGGCCCAUUGCGUAUGUAGACUCAAAGGCAAAGAUACUAAGCUGUCCAAAGAAGGGCCGGAGUACCUUCGCUACCAGCUCAUCCUUUCUAUCAAGGCUGACAUCAUCAUUAAUGCCACCUGGUCCGAGAAGGGGCCGUCGAGAUGAGCCACGUGUCACUGGGUUAACAACAGAAGAGGAUUGGAAGCCCGAGCUAUUGACGGACGCUCCGAGCUCGUCAGACAGCUCGUCGACAAGGGCUACAGGUUGAUAGGUGGAUGGCCGAUACACGGCAUCGAUAGUGUCAGUGAUGAAGAGCCAUUCAUGAAGCUGGAAAUCAUCCGGUGCCACACAGAUCAAAAGAUCUAAAAGCUUACAGGCCUGCAAAACUGAGGCGUUGGUGUAAGUGUCAGAAGCAGUGCUGUUGUCGGGUGCAGCAACAGAAGAUAUUGCUGCAUGAAUCUCAGCGUUGACAACUGGCCAUAGCAUGCCUAAAUGGAUAGCACUAGUUCUCAAAGCCAGUGCACGGAAUACCAUGUAAAUAUCCGCUCUUGUCGUUGAUGAUGGCGAGGAUGUUGACGAAGCGCCCAAAAGCUCAGCCAGUUUGCUAAAUAUCUCCGACAGAUCCGAAACAAAUGCAUCUUCAGAGCCCGCAAGAAUCAAUGUGGCAAUUCUCCGGAGGUUGAGUUGCGUCUUGCGAUCAGCUUCGAGACGAGCUGAAGUUGCUCCAACACCAAACACAAUGCCGGCUGUCGAAGGGGCACUAAUGCGACCCACGAUCUCUGGCAUCUUCUCCUUGUCCGUAAGAGUCCAUUGUCUUAACAACGGCAGCCAGUCUUCCUUGGCCAAAUCAAGAUCCAUGCCAAAGAACUUGGGGUCAUUGAAAGCAUCGCCGACAUCCUUCUUCCAAUUCUUCUGGUUAUUGUGAACUCGUGAUAAUUCGUGGAGAAGACACAUCGUGUUCUUCGAUACUAUGUCAGGGAAUCCUUUAGCCCUCAAGGUUGGUCCAAUAACAUUAGUAGAGAUAGUGGCCGCAGCAGAGAGGACCCUGUCAGGUUCAACCAAGAUUUUUGUCAGUUUUGGAACGAUAGAGGCCAAUAUAGAGAUGAUAUCAUCUGGCCCUUCGCUAGCUCCGUUCAGGGAGUUCCCAGAGUCGGAUUUAGGAAUACCACUGCCCGAUGUUGUUGAGUCAGUGAACGCCACAGGUCUUGUAGUGAAAAGAGCAGCAAGGAGACGGAUAAAAGUGUCCUACAACGAUGUUAGCGAACACGCAGGUCAUAAAUGAGGAUAUCAUAAUACCCCUAGCUCCUUUCUCAUCCUCCUCUGUUCUCCAAAGUUGGUGUUGUCAACUUUCUCGCCUAAAAGAGCAGCAAAUCCCAGAAGGUUUGGCAGUGUUUGCCUAUGUGGGAAUGGAUUCGUGAGAAGGUCUUUGAGGAAGACCAUGCAAUCCUGCCAUAUCUCGUCCAUAGCAUCAUCAUCUAAUGUUCUUGUAUACUCCACAAGAAACCAAACAAGAUCGGUGUCUUGCAAGGAUAUUGUCAUCGUGGACUUGGAUGCAGUGUCAACGGCACCGGCACCGGUCCUUCGGUAUAUAGCAUUGAAUAAGGCAGGCAUGCAGUGCUUGGGCCGGCAUGCCUCCAACGCAGAAAGCAUAUUGAAGACCUGGAUUGACUCAGCACCAUCAAUUGAUUGUUUCCAUAGAGCAAUGACUGUCUCGAGGCAUUGGAGAUUCUCUGCAGCGAAGAGAUGUUCAAGUAAUCUCCUAGCACGAUUACGCAUGCGUAAGGAUGUAUAAUUGAAUGACCCAAAGGAGCCUUGAUCUUGCUUGCUUGAGUCAUUGCCUUGGCCCCAUGUCCAAAUCUUAUAACAGAUACGGACAGCAUCCUGGAACGCCAGAUGGACUGUCAGUCGGUCAUUUGCCGUAGCACUGCGAGACUGGGGGGCGUCUGAUUGCCACACGUUUGACACCAUGCUUCCAAAGAGAGACUGGGGCUGAUCCGGGCUCUUUGCCACCUGUGUCCGAGCCUCUUCGCUCAGGAGCUGUUGAUGUGCCCGUGCCAGAACUUGCUCGAGUCCAUUGAGGAGGAAAAUAAGGGUAGACUCAGGUGACGAUUUCUCGCUACCAGGAGAUAGAGCAUUGGAGGAGAAGGUUUCCUGCAAGUUGGUAAAGGUUGUACCGAUUUCUCUGCAAAGUGUCUCAACCAUGGGAAUGAGGACCUGGAAGAUAGAAUCGGAGUAUAGCGGCAAGCACUCGGAGACGAAAGCAACCCAGCUGUCUAGGACCGGGCGGCUACUGGGUGAGCUGAGACCAUCUUGCAGGCAUUGGAGAAGUUUAGGUGGCGGUGGCGAGACUAUCCGGGCUUCUGGCACUGAAAGUGAUGGCCGGCUUCCCCUUGGGUCAAAUGAGGAUGGCCGUCUUUCAGAUAUAGGGGAAGUUGGAACGUCAGCCGGGGCGAUAUCUCUAAGCUUGAGUGUAUCAUAAACAACAUCAAGCAAAAGAACCUGCACAUAUCCAUCCGAGCCUCGAAGAGACUUCUCAAGUCGAUCGAUGAGUACGUUUUCAAGGUGCUGAGCUGAUAGAGAGGCGGCAAAAGGACUAAGGAGAAACCUAUGUAGAAGGCUGAGUGCGUAUCUAUAGAGUUGGUUGACACGAUCUUCA